AUGAGAUACCUACUUACGUACACGUUUACAGGCGCUUUAAGCAUAGCUGUUACUUUAAUUGUUUUAUUUUAUCUACUUUCGGGUAAGGGAGAAGUACUUAGUAUAGCCUGGUUUUUAGAAGCAACCUCCCCAUAUCUUUGGGCUUCUGUAGGAAUCGGAUUAUCUGUAGCAUUGUCUGUCGUGGGUGCUGCAAUCGGGAUUUACACCACAGGAACGAGUAUAGUUGGAGGUGGAGUAAAAGCACCGAGAAUAAAAACCAAAAAUUUAAUUUCUGUAAUUUUUUGUGAAGCUGUUGCCAUUUAUGGACUCAUCACUGCCAUUGUAUUGUCAUCAAUACUUGAAAAAUUACCUGAUGAUCCCAUGAAAGACAAAGUAAAGCAAAUGAAUUGGUUUGCCGGUUAUGCAGUCUUCGGAUCUGGUUUAACAGUGGGUAUGGUAAAUUUAUUUUGUGGAAUCGCUGUCGGCAUUGUCGGAUCAGGAGCAGCAUUGGCAGAUGCUGCAAAUUCUGCACUUUUUGUUAAAAUAUUAAUAGUAGAGAUUUUUGGUAGUGCAAUUGGACUUUUCGGUCUAAUAGUAGGAGUUUACAUGUCAUCAAAAGCUAAAAUGGGAGAAUCAGCUUAA